AAGAAAUUGAAGAUCUUUAUCAACUAUCUAAUAUUAGUAUCAAUACAAAUACAAAUAUCAAUAGUAACACUAAUACUACAUCACCUACAUUACCAUUUACAUCAGUUCCACCUAUGAUUCACAAUUACUCCAAUUCUUUUUCUACAAUGUCACAACCACAAAAUUGGAAGAAAUUUAAUAAUAAUUAUCCUAAUAAUUAUUAUAAAAAUAAUUUUCGUACAUCAUAUCCAUUACUUUCAUAUAAUUCAUCAUUUCAACCCCGUCAAUCAACAUUUUCAUCAACGAAAUUACCUAUAUCAUCGCGAUCUUCACCAAAGAUCGCUCCACAACCAUUUCGUCCUAACCAACAAAGGUCAUCAAAUACUUAUACUACAAAUAAUAACAAACAACCAAAUCCCCAACAACGUCCAAAGACAUUUUCUCGUAAUAAUCCGCGACAAACUAAUGUUAGUAGUUUACUCCCACUAGAUGAUUUAAUACAACCUAAUUCACAACAGUCAUCUACACCUACUGAUUAUUGUACUCAAUGUACACAAUUUGGGCAUCAGGCUAGUGCCUGUCCAAAUUUCUAG